UGUAUGGCUGUUGAUGGCAAGUGAUUGUCAAAAAGUGUCAAUCAUGGCAGACUCGGGUGACCUCUUAGCAAGGCGGGGGAAGGCCUGUUGGAAUUCAGAGGAGGGAUGCAUCUGACUUGACCUCUCGCACUCCAUCUCAGAUCAGCGCUAGUAUUGAAGCGCAUUGGCUGUGAGAGGCAUUAAUGAUCCGGUGCACCAGACUUCUGCAUAAGGGAAGAAAGGGUGAAAAAAACCCCAAAAAACAUAGUGUUUACCAAUGUGAAAUCUCUGCGCUUAUCUUGUCUUUGUCCAGGCUGUUUUGGAGAUUAGGUGCAGCUUUGGAGUAAAUACAAGAUUAUUCUGUUGCAAACAGAGAGCAGUUUAUUGCAGUUGAUCUCACUCUUGCGGUAAAAGUACGUGUUGAGAUUCUGUCUGAUCCUGAUCUGAGAUGGAAAUGUUUCUACCUUGCAGCAGGAAUUACUAUCCCAGUCAGCGUAUGAGACACGAUACCCAAAAGUAAUGUGAACACUCUGAAAGGAAAUUGACGAAUAGCCACAUUUUUUACUUCUCUCCCAGAAGUAGUUGUAGGUCUUUGUUUUCCUUGAUAUUAAAUAACCCACUGGUGGAUCAUUACUUAACUGGGAACCUUGAAACGGACCACCAAAAACUCUGCUUCACAGCCUAUACUGCUCUUCCCAUAUGUUGAGCCUCACUGUGCCAUGCGUUGUGGCCGUACUUCACUUACCUUCAGCAACAGCCAAAACCACAUUCAACACCCUCCGCCAAACUAACACAGCACACUGCCAGCAGUGUAGAAUCCAGCGCUGUAAUGCAGAAUAUGUGGCAUCUACCUCACCGUCCAGUGGUCUGCAGGAGGACGUGUCUUUAGAUGUGGACUACUGCAUCGCCCUGCGGGCCUAUGCCAUGUGCACCCGCCGGCAGGCACGCAGCUGUAGGGGCGACCUGGUCUACCACUCGGCCGUCUUUCGCAUUAAGGAGCUAUUCUCUCAGCAUAACUGUUCCAGCGAUGGGCCGACCUCUUCCGACAAGGUCCCCAGCACGUCUCGGCCAGCUCUUUUAGAGCUCUGCAACUACGAGAAUCGGGUCCUCGUGUCGGGCUCAGCCGGUCAGCAGAAGAAAUACGCCCACUGUGGAUUAUUUGGAGACCCGCACCUACGAACUUUCAGAGAUGAGUUUCAGACCUGCAAGGUCGAGGGGGCUUGGCCUCUGAUCGAUAACCGCUUCCUGUCUGUACAGGUGACCAAUGUGCCUGUUGUCCUAGGCUCCAGUGCCACAGCAACUAGUAAGAUCACAGUGAUCUUCAAGUCUUACCAUGGCUGUACAGAUCAGAAGGUGUACCAGGCCACCACUGAAGACCUACCCCUGGCUUUUCAGGAUGGGACUCGCAGUGGCGGUGAAAGUGGUAGCCUGACCAUCGCAGAGCGAGGUGGCUCCGGAGUCGGUCGGCAGGUGAGGAUACAGGCCCGUUACAUUGGCACCUCUAUCAUCAUCCGGCGCGUGGGCAGCUACCUGACCUUUGCCAUCCGCAUGCCAGAAGACACCCUGGACUUUUCAGAAGACGGCGGCGGUCUACAGUUGUGCUUGCACGGCUGCCCACGCAACGAGCUCAUCAAAGAGCACACCCUGGGCCAUCAGAGCCAGCAGCCACACCUUCAAGGCACCAACACAGAGCUGGGCCCUCUGCGGCCUCCUCACCAGAUCUACACAGUGGAGCGAGCCACUGCCAAGUGUAGAGAGACUCUGCAGGUGGAGGAUGUGUACUUUCAGUCUUGUGUCUUUGACUUGCUCACCACAGGAGACCCCGAGUUCUCCAUGGCUGCAUAUGGUGCUCUGGAGGAUUUGAAGGCACUGCCACCCAGUAAACUGAAGCAGAACUCACCGAGGCCCACUCGCCUUCACAACCGAGGAGUGUCUCAGACUAUCGCUGCUACUGCAACCAGCAGCUCAUUGCUCUCACUCCUCAUUCUGCUGCUUUUGUAAAAAACCACAUAAAUGACACCACAUAAACAUGGACGCAGAUGGAUCAUGGAAGCAUUACAAGCUUGAGGAAUUUGUGGAUUUUGUGAACUUUCUGUUGUCAUUUGAAGGAUUUCGCACUCAGAAAAGAUUGCAUUUCUUCCCCUUUUUUCCCUUCUGUGGAUACAUACACGCACCACAUCAUUUGAAUGAGAACAUGAAUGCAUAAAUCUCACACAGUUUGGGGUCUAGUACACGUUUUUAAUCACAUGAGCAGUUCGUCUACAUUCAGUUUAAAAAGAAAAGUUAAGCUCACAGUUGUUCAUAAAGGUUUUUGUAAAUAUUUCAUUCACAUUCAGUAAGGAAGUGCACAACCUCUAAAUGCUCCACCACAUGGUUUCUAGAUCCUGAGUGGUCCAGUGUCCGUAGCACCUAACAGUUUAACUGCAAAUAUUGUGUAUUUAAUGUCUUUCUAUUUCAUCUGUUGUUUUAAAAAUUGGCGUUCUAAAUACACAGAAUCCAACAACUGUUUGUAAAAACUACCUAUCUCUUAAAACCUGAUUCGUUGGUGUGAUUUUUCACCAGUUCUGUUCUUUUCCUGUGAAGCGCUCCCUCUUCAAGCUGUUUGGCUUCCUGUUUUUAAAGGUUUAAAACACAAAUCUUUAUAUAAUAAUAUAUUAAAAGAGUGUAUAUAUGUGUUUUAUAUUAUGUAAAUUUGCCUGUGUAUAGAUGUUUUAACUGCAAUACGUUUUCCAUUUGUUGUGCUUAGUAGGUUAUUUUGAGUCUUUGUAAUUAAAGUAAACUAAUAAGUGUUUGUUGUAUCUGUAAUAUUCUUUAUUAAAGUGUUGGACAC